AUGGCCCGUAACGGGUUGCCCGACGAAACCCACGGCCGUGUUGAGUGGCCGGAGACGACUAUCUGCCCUACGAAUGCCGCUGGAUUGGGUUUCGAGUACCCGUGUCGCCCGGAUGAAUCCUGCCAGUGUCCGUCCCUCCCCCUAGUCUACACGGUCACGGUCACGAAUAGUGAUGGCACGGGGACUUGUGCCUCUCUGACCCCAUCGGCAACCAUCGCCUGCCCCGCGCCUAACGUCACCUGCCCCGCGGCGCCCGCCUCCUCCAACACUAUCAAGAUCAAUGAAUGGAUGGAAAAGCUUAAAGCGGACGCCGAAAAAGCGAAGACUGGCUCCGAAAAAGCAAAGACUGAUGCAGAAAAAGCAAAGACUGACGCGGAAAAAGCAAAGACUGACGCAGAAACUGCUGCAAAUAAUGCUACGACUGCUACGGCCAACGCCCAGGCGGCAACUAGUAUUGCUCAGACUGCUAUGGUCAAUACCCAGGCCGCCGCUAGUGAAGCCAGAACUAGUUCCAGCCAUAUCCAGACUGCUGCGGCCGACGCCCGUGCUAUGGCUGGCGAUGCUAGAACCGCUAUGCUCAAGGCCGAGGAUGCCGCUGGCAGAGCCCAGGAUGCAGCCAGCAAGGCCCAGGAUGCCGUUGGCAGGGCCCAGGAUGCAGCCAGCAAGGCCCAGGAUGCCGUUGGCAGGGCCCAGGAUGCCGCUAACGCGGUAAACAAUGCUUCUCAGCUCGCACGCGCUCUCUAGCUUAUGGCUCCCGUCUAUGUAAGUGAUUACCUUAUGAAGCGCAGGAUUAUAAAUCAUCACUGACACUAUCUUAUCAGUUUCCGACGUUUCCUCAUUUUCGGCUAAGGCAUGCCGUAUAUUGACUUCGACGAAAAUGAAACACUGUUGCUGGCUUCACAUAUCGCCUUUAUGACCUCGUGGCUACCAAUUACCUUGAGCCUUGCCGGGUUUGACUCAACCAAGAGACUCUGAUGACUGUUAUGGAUGCGUUGAUUCGGUGGAACUAAAUUGGCGGAUGGUUGUAGAGGCGAAAGAAACCCACAACAUAGGACCGCAGAUGAAAAAGAAAAAGCUUCCCGAG